AUGUCUUCUUCAGACCAGCAAUUUAAAGUAGUUGUUGUAGUGGGUGGUGGUUUAGCGGGUCUUUCUGCAGCUAUUGAAGCACAUCAUCAAGGCAAUACUAAAGUUAUUCUGGUCGAAAAAGAAAAAAAUAUUGGUGGUAAUUCAAUGAAGGCUACUUCGGGCAUUAAUGCCAUUGAGUCCACAACAAAUGACUCCCGUGAAGCAUUUAUUCAAGAUACUCUCAUGUCGGGUGCUGGUAUCUCUCAGCAAGACCUUGUUAGUAAACUCGUAGAUGAAAGCCAAGAUGCUUUAAAAUGGUUAGUAGAACAAAGUUUGGAUGCCAAUGGACAGCCCACGCUUGACUUAUCAGUCGUUUCACGUUGCGGAGGUCACUCGCAUGGUCGCACACAUCGUUGCCCUCCUCUUAAUGGGCGUCCUGUUCCUGUUGGCUGGAAACUAGUCGACACACUAAAGAAGAAGUUUCUUUCUUUAGAAAACCAUAUUGAAGUCUUGACACAGACUCGUGUGUCACAAUUGUUGAUGGACAACCAAUCUGUAUUUGGUGUACAAGUCAUAAAUGAAGAAGGGAAGAAGGAGACCAUCAAGGCAGAUGCUAUUGUGUUGACAAGCGGUGGAUUUGGUGGACAAACAGGAGAACGUUUGCCAGAUGGAAACCAGACUUUGUUGAGCGAAUUUGCGCCUCAGUUGAUCAAGACGGCUACCACAAAUGGACCUUGGGCUAGCGGAGAUGGUGUUCGCAUUGGUUUAAGUGUAGGCGCUGGCAUGAGAGAUAUGGAUCAAGUACAAGUUCAUCCUACAGGUUUUAUUGAUCCUAAUGACCCUACUGCAUCUACAAAGUUCUUAGCUCCUGAAGCGCUUCGAGCUUACGGCGGCGUCUUGUUGAAUGGAGAUGGUAAGCGAUUUACGGAUGAAUUGACUUUACGUGAUAGAGUCACAGCUGCUAUUUAUCACCAGAGCAGUACAAUUUAUCAUAAGAAGAAUAGUUGGAUGAGCAAGGUUAUACCCAAAAAGGACAAUGAACGUUAUGCAGCUGCUUAUAUGAUCUUGACAGAUGAGGCUGUGGAUAAUUUCGGUGCAAGUACAUUGGGCUUUUAUGCUUCUAAAGGCUUUUUCAAACAAGUGGAAGGCACAAGACAGUUAGCCGAGCUAGUAGAUGUCGAUGAAGUAGAAUUAAUAUCUGAAUUCAAGACAUACGACGAAUAUGUGGGUCAAGAAAAGCAAGACAUAACUGGAAAGACUGUCUUUCCUUGUCCUUUAUUGAAUGCCAAAACAUACUGGGUGGCUCUUAUAACACCUGCUGUUCAUUACACUAUGGGAGGAUUGAUGAUCAAUACAGAUGCAGCUAUCUUAAAACAAGAUGAAAGAACUCUCAUUCCUGGUCUUUAUGGUGCAGGAGAAGUGACAGGUGGUGUCCAUGGCCAUAAUAGACUUGCUGGCAACUCUCUUUUGGAGUGUGUUGUGUUUGGUAGAACAGCAGGACGUAAUGCAGCAUUGUAUGCUCAACAAGAUUAGUUUUUAUUUACUGACAAAUCUGAAUGUAAAUGUUCAAAUGCAUCAGGAUCAGUAAAGAACAACGAAAACAG